AUGCAGCUGAAUAUGAACAAAGAGGAUGUGUAUAUACACCAGAAAGAAAAGAGGGAGAAUCUAAGCAGGGAUAUUCCUGCUUAUACAGACCCAGACGCUGCUGCUGCUGCUGCUGCUGCUGCGGCAGUUUCUGUUGUCUCUGCUGCAGGCCGUCUGCUGCAGCAGCAGAUAUCCGCUCAAGCAGAAGAGAAGAACCACAUGAAGAAGAAGAGGCAUGAGCAGCAGCAGCAGCAGCAGCAGCAGUAG